CAUAUUUUAAAAAGAGAAAAAACAAAUAAAAUAAUUAUUCUUUCUUCAUUAUCACAAUCUCCGUUUAAACUUUCAAAAAGAGUUCAUUUCAUUUCCUCCCCGAUUAAGUUUCCUUCUCCCUGCUAAUUCUCCGUACCAUCACUUGAUCUUCAAACCAUGGCUAAUGCUGCUUCGGGAAUGGCUGUGCAUGAUGACUGCAAAUUAAAGUUUUUGGAGUUGAAGGCUAAAAGAACCUACCGCUUCAUAGUGUUUAAGAUUGAGGAGAAGCAGAAGCAGGUUAUUGUAGAAAAGGUUGGUGAACCUUCUCAAAGCUAUGAAGACUUUGCUGCAAGCCUUCCUGCGGAUGAGUGCCGAUAUGCUGUCUAUGAUUUUGAUUUUGUUACUGAGGAGAACUGUCAGAAAAGCAGGAUUUUCUUCAUUGCCUGGUCUCCUGAUACAUCAAGGGUACGUAGCAAGAUGAUUUAUGCAAGCUCCAAGGACAGGUUCAAGAGAGAGCUAGAUGGGAUUCAAGUAGAGCUGCAGGCAACAGAUCCGACCGAGAUGGGUCUUGAUGUUUUUAAAAGCCGUGCCAACUAAAUAAAAAUCUCCAACUCUCA